AUGGGCAAUCGAGCCCCUAGCCUCUUUCGCCCCUCCGAAACCUGGCUGGCCGCGCGCGGAGUUCUUCAAGACUUGACAAAGACCAAGUCACCUCCCAACAACAGAGUGCCCAAGUCCCACAUUAGUCCGGAUUCACGUCAAAGCGCUUCUCUGCUUCAGCACAGCUCUUCAAACUCAACUGCCGUCUCAGAAGCGGCAUCCCAUGCCCCCCCACGCGUACCGGAGCGCAGCCCCGAGGCCGAGCAAAUGUUGCAUCAGCUCUUGGCACAGCUGGGCUCCUUCCAAGCCCUGCAAGCCUUUGAACAGCAAAUUGACCGCCCCCUCUAUGCCCUUGAUUGCGAGAUGGUGACGGUGCGUGGCAAAGGCGGUGCCAUGAAGUCGGCCCUGGGACGCAUUUCCAUCAUCAACGCGACCGGACAAGUUGUCAUUGAUGAGUUUGUGCGGCCCCAGCAACCAAUUGUCAGUUACAACACCCGGUGGAGUGGCAUUCGCAAACGUGAUCUUGUCGACGCCACGCCCUUUCCCAAAGUGCGCGACCGCCUCCGAACGAUCCUGAAAAAUGCUCGCGUGGUUGGCCACGCCGUCAGCAACGACUUUCGAGCCAUGAACCUCACUUCCAAAGAACUAAACGCGCUCGUCUACGACACGUCCGCCUCGUCCACCCUCAAAAUCGCCGCCCUUGGCGAGAAUGACGGCAACGCCGUCUCUCUGAAACGCCUCUCAAAGUACCUCCUGCACCGUACCAUUCAGGAGAAGCAGCACUGCAGUCUCAUUGACGCACGCGUCACCCUGGAACUGUAUCAAUACGACGUCAACCUGUGGCGCUCACAUCAGCGACUGCGUAGCUAGCUCAAGCGGACUGAAUUGAGGGUCUACAUGAGCACGUGUUGCAGCCAGAUAGUUAGACGAUCCGAUCCGAUCCGAUGCGCCGCGAAAGCGUGUGCCUUCUUAAUCGACAAAGUGAAC